GUGGCCGAGGCGGCUGCGUUCCAGAUAUGCGGCCCUGUGAGGGAGAAAUGUAUUUACUGACACACGAGCACAUCUUGUCCCAUCUCAGUUUCUUCUUUACUUAGGAAGACACAGAAAUGAGUGACCGAGAAGCAGCUGAGAUACAAAUUUCGGAACUGGAUUUACUCUCUAGUAUGUUUCCUUAUGAGGAGGAGUUCAUUGUGACUGACCAGCUGGCUGUGGCGGAACUAAAACACUAUGUUGAAAAUGAGUCUGCAGAGAUGCCCUCUUCCAAAGUUCAGUUUCUAUUGAAUGUAAAGCCAGAGGUCUCCAAUGCCCCUAUGGUGGAAUUCUCUAUGUCCUGUGCUUUACCAUUUAAAUACCCAACUGUUCUACCAGAAAUUACUGUGAGGUCAUCAUUCUUAAGCCGCUCCCAGCAGAUUCACCUGAACUCUGAUCUCAAAACAUAUUUGAUGGAAAACUGCAAUGGGGAGCCCUGCAUGUUGAGUGCAAGGGAAUGGGUUAAAGACCAUGCAGCUGCUUACAUUGACAAAGAGCUCUCAGCUUCCUCAGUGACAACAUCAAAUACCAUGCAGUCAGAAGAUACCACCUUCACUCGAUUGUGGAUCUAUAGUCAUCAUAUUUACAACAAGCAGAAAAGAAAGAAUAUUAUUGACUGGGCCAAAGAGCUCUCUCUGUCAGGGUUUUGCAUGCCUGGGAAACCAGGUGUUGUUUGUGUGGAAGGUCUACAAAGUAAUUGUGAAGAGUUCUGGUUGAGAAUAAGAAGAUUAACAUGGAAAAGAAUUCUCAUUCGACACAGAGAAGAUGUUUCUUUGGAAGGUGGAGGACAUGCUGAGAUUCAGAAACAAAGAAAGUUCUCCACUUUGGAAGAAAAAUGUUUUGAUGCACAUGGUGCCAGAGGGAAUCAUAUGGAUUUAGGACAACUGUAUCAUUUUUUGGAAGAAAAAGGUUGUGCUGAUAUUUUUCAAAUGUACUUUGGGGUUGAAGGGCAUUGAAGGGAUUGAAGAUCACCAUGGGUCCAAGUGCCUCGUAACAGAUUCCUUCGCUGAUGUGCAACAGUUGAUCAGAGAGAGAAUAAUUUGUGGUUUAUAUGAUGAAUCCAGAUUUCAAUGAAAGCAAAUACCCAGUGAAAUCCUGAAUAAUGAAAAUUACUAGAUGAUUACUGGUUUUAAGGGCAUUUAGGGUAUAUACAUAACUACAGUGGAAGAAAGUAUGUAUAAUAACCUUCCAGGAACUUGCA